AUGCCCCACGAGAAGAGCUUCCUGGUGUCCGCGGACAGCUACCCGCCGCCCAACCCCGCGUACCCCGGCGGCCCGCAGCCCUCCGGGGCCCCCUACCCCGCCGCCCCCUACCCCGCCUUCCCGCCCGCCGCCUACGGCCAGCCCGGCUACCCCCAAGGCCCCGGCCCCUACCCGCCGCCGGGGGGCUACCCGCAGGCGCCCUACCCGCCCCCCGGGGGCUACCCGCAGGGCCCCUACCCUCAGGAGGGCUACCCGCAGGGCCCCUACCCGCAGCACCCCUUCCCCCCCAACCCCUACGGGCAGCCGCAGGCCUUCCAGGGAGUGGACUCGGACUCGUCUCCUCAUGGCAACUACCACGAAGAGGGGCCGCCCUCCUACUACGACAACCAGGACUUCUCUUCCACCAACUGGGAUGACAAGAGCAUUCGCAGGGCCUUCAUCCGCAAGGUGUUCCUGGUGCUGACCCUGCAGCUGACCGUGACGCUGUCCUCCGUGGCCGUGUUCACCUUCGUGGAUGGCGUCAAGAGCUUCGUCUUGGCCAAUGUCUGGACCUACUAUGUGUCCUACGCGUUUUUCUUCGUCUCCCUCAUCAUCCUCAGCUGCUGUGGAGAGUUCCGGCGAAAGCAUCCGUGGAACCUCGUUGCCCUGUCUAUCCUCACCGUCAGCCUGUCCUACAUGGUGGGCAUGAUUGCCAGCUUCUAUGAUACCCAGGCCGUCAUCAUGGCCGUGGGCAUCACCACGGUGGUCUGCUUCACAGUGGUCAUCUUUUCUCUGCAGACCCGCUACGAUUUCACCUCCUGCAUGGGCGUCCUCCUGGUGAGCAUGGUGGUGCUCCUGGUCUUCGCCAUCCUCUGCAUCUUCAUCCGCAACCGCAUCCUAGAGAUCGUCUACGCGUCCCUGGGCGCCCUGCUGUUCACUUGCUUCCUGGCUGUGGACACCCAGCUACUGCUGGGAAACAAGCAGCUGUCCCUGAGCCCCGAGGAGUACGUGUUCGCCGCCUUGAACCUGUACACAGACAUUAUCAACAUCUUCCUGUACAUCCUGACCAUCAUCGGCCGUGCCAAGGAGUAGCCCAGCCCCCUGUCCAGGCACGGGGCUAGCGUGGACCCUCUGCCUGGCAUGGCGUUGCCAACCGAACCUCCCCCUCUCUGGCCCAAGCCUGGCACAAGGCCCCCGCCCCUCUCGUGUAGACACUGCAGAUACUCCAAGUGGGUCCACUGUGCUCGUGGCACGGCCCUUCCCGGCCCCACCCCAGGCUACUGAGUCCCUGCCCCACUCUGCUGCAUGAGCCCCACCUGCUAGUCCCACCUUUGGUCCUAGGGGAGAGGGAAUGAGCCAGAGCGAGGUGAGGGUGCACGUCUCCCCUUCUGCCCCAGCUCCCCUGCCUGGCAUACACCCCCACCACCACCACCCUCCCUCAAUCCCAGCAUACUCCUGUACUGAGCCCCAGCGUGGAGACUGGAACACCCCAGAGAAUAAUCCCUCCCUCUCCUGCUGUCUCCAAAACGCCAAUAAACAGGAUUGUGCACACUCCG